AUGCAAGCUGUUGCUGAAAGAGAUAUUCGAACAUUACUGUCCGAGUUCACCGUUCUGGAUGUCAACAGCUGUUUGUGCUUUUCCGAUGACGUCAUUUGGGCUAUUAAUCGCGGAACUUAUGCCAAAACAAUUGCUAUUUGCGUAACCAAAAGAAUGAUCUCGUUAAAUUCACCGGCUAUCUUCGUUGUUGAACAAACCGUUCAAGCAGCAGAACAGUGGCAACUCAAUUCCAAAUCCGCACAAACUAUGGACAUUCCCUGCAUGUUUCCGACAAUUUUUCACUUCAUUGUUCAGUUUAUGUCGACAGUUCGGCCGAAUUUCGAAGCUAUUCUAAAAUUAAGAACUCCAAACUUUGUUUUGCAUCAUAUGUCUGUUGGAUUCGCCUUCCAUAUUUAA